AAAGCAGAACUUUGAGGUCCAUAAAGCUUAACCCCUCGCCGAAGCUGUCCAAUAAUAUAUCUGGAAGGCAACUUCCAUGAUAAGUUCUUGCUGGGUCUCUUAUACACAGGUUAAAUAGGCUGCUCUCUUCACGGGGAGGAGAUAUCAAACUAAAGCAACCCACAAAAUUGAUUUUGUAAAAAUGGCAAUAUCCCAAGCCUUUGAUCUUUUUCCUCUAAAUGAUGCCCACUUCCCAACUUUCCUGGGCAGAAAUGAAGAAGAUGAGACUCUGCUACACUUAGAUGCUGCAUUUGCAGAAGAAUUGCAGUUCCAGGAGGCUCUAAAGGCUUCUCUGUUCACUUGUCAAAUGGCAACUUCUGAGCCAUCACUUCAGGUGGAAGUAAAAGGUGAAUCCUCCCUUUAUUUCUGUGAAAUUUGCAGGGAAAGGAAAGAAAAUGAUCAGCUGAUCAAGAAUGGGAACUGUGGUCACCCAUUUUGCUUGGAAUGUAUAAGCAAGCAUGUGGAGGCAAAAAUCAAAUUGGGUCUGAAGAUUUUUACAUGUCCAGGCUUAAACUGUGAAUGUGUCCUACAGUUGGAGACGUUUAAGCAUUUUCUUUCUAAGGAUGUGCUCAGCCAGUGGGAAGAGGCACUGUCUACAGAGCUGGCUCCAAAUUUUACUUGCAGAGGAUUCUAUGCAAAGCCAGGUUCAGAAAAUGGCAAUGGAAAGCAUUUCCCUGCUAGAACCAGUAAAAUCCUAUCACCACCAGAGGUGAAUAAAACUGUGCAGUUUAGUCACUGUAUAGCCGGUACUAACGAUUCUGCAGAGGCUGAUAGCAAACAGAUUGUUCACAAAAGGAAGUAUGAGGAGACAGCUUCAAGUAAUGCUCCAAAUAAAUUCCUUUUGCGUCCUAGGGCUGUUCGAACAGUGCUGCACAAAUGGUAUGAUUCUCACUCUGCAUUAUCAUUCAGAAGAGGAAACAAAGGGCCCAAAUCAGCUUGUAGCAGCUUCAAGGACAUUCCUGCAACAUUUGAUGGUAUCCCACCUAUGGGACCAAUAUUGAAUAGGCAAUGUAGUAAUGAUACUGCUGCAGAUGAUUAUGAUAAUGAUAGUGACUCUGAUACGUUGCCCGAUACUGAUGACUAUGAUUCCGAAGCAAGUCCAAGGAGCCCUAGGAGUUGUAAGAAGAGCAAAUGGUUCAAGAAAUUUCUCAAGGGAUUUGAAUAUUUGAGUGCAGAGGAGAUCAAUGACCCAGCUAGACAGUGGCACUGUCCAGCAUGUCAAGGUGGUGCAGGUGCCAUCAAACGGUACUUGGGUCUGCAGAUCCUGAUCAAACAUGCCAAAACCAAAGGGUCGAGAAGAAUGAGGCUCCACCGAGAGCUUGCACAACUGUUGGAAGAGAAGCUACACAGUAAUCUGGCAACUUCUGCUGCUAUAGGAGAUGAAGCAUGUGGUAAAUGGAAAGGUUUAAAAGAAGAAAAUAAAGAUCAUGAGAUAGUUUGGCCUCCUAUGGUUCUCAUUACAAAUACGUCCCACAAGAAGAAUGAGAACAAUAAGUGGAUUGGCAUGUCAAAUCAACAGCUUCUGGACUUGUUCAGCUCAUACAAUGCUGUUGUCAAGGUUCAACACCUCUAUAAUUCAAAUGGACAUUGUGGGAAGAGUAUUUUAAUUUUUGAGAGCUCACUGAGAGGUUAUUUAGAGGCAGAGUGGCUGCAUAUGCAUUUUGCGAAGGAAGGAGUAGGUAGAAGUGCUUGGAAUAAUCAGCCAGUCUACUUCCUUCCCAGUGGGGAGCGCCAACUUCACGGUUUCAUGGCUGUGAAAGAAGAUGUGGACACCUUCAACCAGUACUAUUCAAAAGGUAAGCCUAAGCUGAAAUUUGAGAUGAGAUCAUACCAAGAAAUGGUGGUGAACCAAAUCAGGCAAAUGAUUAGAGACAACCUUCAGCUUCCAUUGCUGCAUAACAGAAUCAUUGAGCAACAAAAUCAUGCAAAAGGCCUGGAAGAAUCCAAUGGCAUGUUGAAGAUGAAGCUAGACAAGGCAACCAAGGACAUGGAGAUCUUGAGAAGAAAGGCCAAAUAUCAGCAUGAGCAGUACAUGGAAGAGGUGGAAUUUAUAGAGCAAUUCUACGAGGACCGAAUAAAAAAUUUUCUUGAAGCAACAAAAGAGAAUGAUGGGGAAUUUGAGAAUGCACAGCAGAAGGAACUGCAAGAAAAUGCAGAGCAAUCAAAUGCAAAGAUAGCAAUGGAAAGAGCAGCAAGACUUGAGCUUUCAGGAGAAAGCUCGUCCAAUAAUGUCUAGUCUUAAGCUAUUAAGUGAUGAUUUUGCCAUUAUAUUUGCUGUUGAAUUCUUAUUUAAAACUGAAAUAUGUAAUUAAUCUCUAUGUGAUCAUAUGCAUAUGAGAAUAUGAAGUGUGCUGCAAAUUGUGAUGAUAGUUAUAUGUAAUUAAUCUCUAUGUGAUCAUAUGCAUAUGAGAAUAUGAACUGUGCUGCAAAUUGUAAUGAUAGUUUUGGGGAAAAGAAUAUUAAACUCCUGGCUCUAAACUUUGAUGUCACAUGUUUAUUAAAGCACAUAUAUUUAUAACGUACA